UCCGCAUGAGCGUCCCCCUCCUAUUUUUCUCUAUUUUCCAGCAAUUUUCACGAGUUUGACGAAGUGGAUCCGCCUGAAACAUCCUCCUCGCGCACGGCCGUCAUGUCCACCGCCGCCGCCAGGCCGCCCUCGGCGCCGCUCAGACGAUCGUCUCCGUCUGUCUCUUCCAACGGCGCGUCUCAGACAUCAUCGCUCCCGAAGGGCGCGACCGCAAAGGCCGCUGCAUCUGCGCGAUUAUCCACCUCAUUGAGCGGACCUGCGCGUAGACAGUCCGUCUCCUUGAAGGGAGCUACUCCACCGCCGCCUGCGUCUCGCGACACGCCCCGCGAGUCUCGGGAAUCCCUGAGCGUAUCUUUGAAGCAUGAGACAGAGGAAAAGGAAAAGGUACGUCUACUCGUGCAACUACAAGACAAAGAGCAAAUCAUUGCAGCCCUCAGGGCCGAGAACAACAACCUGACCUCAACUUUGAAUGCUGCAGAGACACGCGUUUCUGAGCUCUAUGCCGACCAAAGCCGCAUGGAGGAGGACCUCGCGGCGCGGAUCGAAGUAAUAGACAAGCUUCGAAUCCAAGUCCGUGAGCUUGAGAAGGAGAAGCGUGAGACCCAGAGAAGGUACAACGAGCAGACGGCCACGUUCGAAGCAGAGCGCCAAGCGUUCUAUGACAACGAGCAGCAUCUCAAGUCUCGCAUACUGUCAUUGAGCCAGGCUCGCAAAUUGAGCAAUGCAGUCCCUCCGUCCCCUUCGGCACUCUCAGUCGCCGAGUCUGAGGCAGAGCCAGAGGCCGAGCUAACGCGUUCCGAACCCCAACUCAUCGUAAAGCAAGACAUGUCGGACCCUCAACAAGAGCCAGCCGAGAUGACAGCUCUCAAGCUCGAGUUAUCCACUCUGUCGACGUCUCAUGCUUCCCUCCAGUCGACAGUUCAUCUCCUUCAGACCCAGCUGAAUGACCUCACACGAGUCAAUCGCGAGCUGCAGGAAGAGAAUGAGUCUUACAACAUCCUUCUCCGCGAAAAGACCCUCAAUGGUCAAUUCGACAUCCUCAGAAUGGGCGGUGUGCGCGAUGAUCGGCAGACGGAGAGUUCGAGCUCUGAGGAGGAUGGCGACCAGGAUGCGAACAGUUUCCAGAGCAGAGAUACUGGUCGCAGUGUUCUUGACCCCGUCCACGAGCUCGCCGAGGAGCACGAGGAAGAAGAAACACACCAUGAUGAGCCAGAGCCAGAGCUGGACCCCCAGUUUGGUCAAGUCGACGAGCCUGACGCUGAUGUGAUUAGCGAUGCGAAGAGUCCAAGGAGCAGGCACGGCCGGAGGCGGUCUUCCGUCGCUGCACCUCGCGGAGAGUCGUUGGCCAACUUGCCUAUCACUGGUCCUGGCCUCGACUUAGCUGCAGAACUUGGUCGAGCUGAGAACAAGGAUAUCCUAGACGGCCAGAGUUCGCUAGGCGACAGGGUCGACGCCGACAACAAGGCCCGCAAGCAGAAGAAGCCCGCAGAGUCGCCUCGCAAAGGACGCCCAGCUGUGGACGGCUCUCUUGAACCUUCCGCCUCUGUUCCCGACGACAUCGAGUCCCUCAGGAGUGAGGUCAAGAGUCUCAAGGACGCGAACAAGGCUCUUUCGUUGUACGCUUCGAAAAUCAUCGACCGAAUUAUCUCGCAAGAGGGUUUCGAACACGUCCUUGCCAUCGACUUUGAAAAAUCUCCCACUCCUUCUCAACCCACAUUCGGUCCUCGUCCGCUUCCAAGCCCGCAGAAGCCCAAAGCGCGCCCGCAAUCUGCGAUGUUCUCCCGCUCUACCCCGUCUAGUGCGCACACGAGCCCCAACCUUCCGCCCCCAGAACGUCUUACAACGUUCGAGUCUAUCAGUGCCGCUAACGCAGCUACUGCACAGAACGAUCCUCCGAAGGCAGCGCGGUCAACGCGCGCGUCGAGACGAUCGCUCUCUUUCGAUUGGUCGACCUUUUCUUUAUUUGGCGGUGGUGACAAGAGCGCGGCGAAUUCCCCUACGAACUUGCGUCCAUUGACUCUCAAAGCUGGCACACCGGUUGUUACCAGCGCGCGGAAACUAGACACCCAUGAAGAUGAGGAGGACCGCAAGGAGCGCGAGCGGUUGAAUGCCACGAUGAAGCUUAUGGGCAUUGAGAAGGUAGCUUCGCCUCCGUCCCCGCUCCCACCAAUGUUGAAGAGCUUCUCCACGCCUGGAGAUGCCAGUGCUUCGCCUGUAACACCCGUGGCUGCACCUGCUCCCAGCCGCUUUUCCUUCUUCCGUCGCUCAUCCUCUAUCAACACCCGUUCCGAGACCGCCUCCGUCAGCUCUUCGGGUGGUAAUACCCGCCCCCCGUCCACCGGGCCUCAUUUGACACAGGAAGUCCUCGAACAAGUUGAGGCCGAGAAUACGCUCGCCGCUCUGGACGCCCACGAACGCCACCUGAGCGCCGAGAUGGCGAAGGGAGCCGGCAGCGGCUUCACGGAGAUCGUACGCCGCAGUGGGGACCGACGCUCCUCUCACCGCAGCGGUAGCGGUAGUACGGUAUGGAGCGCGGGCAUGAGUAGACAUGAGGAUGAAGAUUAAUGGUUUCGCCCUCUUAACUUCUAGACUCGUUAUGGCUCUAUGGGUAAGUAAUCAUCAUGUUGUAUGUACUCGGGAUCGGGACUGGUGCCAUGGUUGGAUUCGGUCCAUGUUCUCUCACUCAUAUGGCGUAUGCAUAUUACGACUAGGUCUGUAUCCUGUUGUGUUAACGAUUGACUGAUAUGAUCACAGUACGCAUCGACAUUCGGAACCCCUCGCAUUGCUACACUACCAUCAUACAACCUGGGCUCUCUUGUAUACCAGAGUAAAUAAUCAUCUUCGCAUUCUAGCAUGUAUACAGGCAAACUGCUCCUCGCAGAGUUACAGUUGCAUGUAGUUGGAUGGCUUGAAAGGAUUUAGUCUAGAUGUCAACGGGGCAAUGCAGCGUUGUCCUCUGCGAGUGAUGCAUCGAAAUUUUGUGAUGAGAGGCAAUACCUUGGUGGGAUGGUCGCCCGGCGCAUUGAUGGACGGGGCUCUGCUCGCUGUGGCUAUCCGUUCCAUCUUAUCUCGGCACUUCGUGUUUGACCAGAGUGUUCUCGGCGUGUUUCCGGAUUGUUUCGAAAGGAUUUGACGAAAACUCUGGGGCUGAGAGGAUUUUGGGGAUUCUCAUGCGUUCCAUCGCUAGAGCAUUCUUUCGCUGCGCCUUGGACAGCGGCGCAUGCCUGCCCUCGCCAAUCUGCCCAGGCGCAGCCUUGGGCUUUUUCGGAGCCUGCUCGCCGUCUGUGGGAACAAAGCCCUCCGCCACCUCUACGGCCGAGAUCGCAGCCUUGAUUUCGUCCAGCCCGCUUGCGACCUGUUCUCUCGCUUUGCGCUUCAGACGCCGCUCGUGCGAUUUGGAAUACGGCGAACGGGACGCCUCCAACCUUUCCACGAACUUUUCGUGUUUCAGCAGCUGCUUCUCCUUCUUCUUUGGCAGGGCCGUCGCAUCUGGCGUGGGCUGUGUGUCCUGUCUACGGGGUCGUCGACUUGGCCUGUUGUAUGGGGCCAUCUGUACGUACAGCCAUGAUAUCCGUCUCGGGUGUCAGCGGGCUGGGCAGGUCUUCGAUUGCCGAAGCAUUGCCCGUUGCUUGGGCCCUCCGAAGAGGCUUUGCAUGGAUGGACGUGCGAGCCCUGGCAGCUUUGGGCAUUUGAUUCGGCUGAGACGAGGAAUUGAGAAUGGGACUAAAAACAAGGCUAAGGUCGU